CCAAACGAAUCACUCACGUUCCGGUGAGGUCGAGUUUUCGUGCGCUACGCGUGGCACGUGAUCGCACCCGAUCGUGCCGCAACCGGUUCCGGGGUGUGUUUGUGGAAUCCGAAACGGGGCCUGCCCGAGGGCGAACAAGAACCCGUCCGUGCGCUAUGUAACAAUUGGUUGCCGCGGAUGAGGUUUUCUUAUUACACGGGCUCGCCUGGGCACGGACGCGGACUGCUGUUGCUGCUGGUCGUUUAAUAAGUUUCGGGUCGAAUGAUUCAUCACCCUUUAGGUUCUUCUUGGUUCUUCUCCGACGGAUUCACGCCAUCAUUUCGCUUUCGCUUCACACCGACCACAGUAAGUGGGGCUUCUUUCUCUGAUUGUAUUUAUUUGCAUUUCGCGCCGUAAACAACCGACAGCGCUACUUAUCAAGACGCGCAGCUCCCCUACCACGCACGGCCGUCACGCAGCGUAAUUGAAUUAUUUGAGGCCAACUAGCGAGCUUCUCCCGCCAACGCACCCCUGCGCGUUCGCAGGGUCACCAAAGAGAAACGGUGGCCGAGCUUACAGAGCUUAGUCUACACAAUCGUCACCGUUUAGCAACGCUCGAAGCGGCACGGCGCGUGUAGUUUUCCGCCAUUCGAGGACACCUGUUGUGGUGAAAUCGAAGGAGACGCCGCGGCAUUACCGUAGAUAGGAGUGCGUUCAAAAGGGUGCCGCGAAAUUCACCACUAAACCAUGAUGAACGAGGAGUCUUCGUCGCCGGCCAGUCGAAAUGUGGUAGCCCAAUUCUUCAAACGGCUAGGACAGCUCUACCAGCUGCAGCUGGACAAAUGGACGCCCCACACGAAAGGGCGGUGGGUGGCCGCCAUCGGGCUGAUCGGUCUGUUCCUGCUGCGUGUAUUCACCAAACAGGGCUGGUACAUCGUGACGUACGCCCUGGGAAUCUAUCAUCUGAAUCUAUUCAUCGCUUUUCUAACGCCAAAAAUCGAUCCGGCGCUCGAUCUCGACGAUGACCACGGACCGGAACUGCCGACGAAAUCGAACGAAGAGUUCCGGCCGUUCAUUCGACGGCUGCCGGAGUUCAAGUUUUGGUACGCCAUCAGCAAAAGCACGGUGAUCGGUAUCAUUUGCACCUUCUUCGAGGUGUUCAACGUGCCCGUGUUCUGGCCAAUCCUAGUGCUGUAUUUCAUCACGCUGUUCUGCAUCACGAUGAAGCGACAGAUUAAGCACAUGAUCAAGUUCCGGUACCUCCCGUUCACCCACAGUAAGCCCCGCUAUCAGCCGGUGGCCUCGGAAAAGUGACAAUUAAAAGCACAAACUUUGCCAACUUCAUCAGCGUCGUCCUCAUCGUCCUCGUUGGCGUCUGUGCCCGCCGGAGGCAGCGGCCCUGUCGGCGGCAUCUCGCCAACGAUAGCGGCAGUUCACCCGUCGUCGUCGGCGGUGGCGGCUUCGUCGUCCUCGUUGCCUUCUACCAGCUCGGCUUCGGUGACGAUCUCAACUGUCUAGAAAGGGAAUGGGAAUGGCUACGCAGGGGAAGGCGAGGGACGAGCAGAAUGACCGGCCCAUCCAGCGUCGGAUUUUAGCUUCACAUUUUCCUGUUCUUUACUGUUGCCCGCUGGUUUGGAGUAGAAAUUUUCUUUAAUUACCACUAAAAUAUUUACGCUUUUACAAUCUGUUUCGAUUCCCCACGGUAUUGCGUGUGUCCCGGCCGGUCCGGCUUUUCGGUGCUUCCUGUGAGCUCCGAUACUUUCUUCCCUUGUGUUUGGCAAACUCGUUUUUCCAUCCGUUUCGUGCAGUUGAGUGUGACGAUAUUAGUUGAUGUCUUUGGUAUUGAUUUGUGCUUACGUCGUAGAGAAAUGUGUUACGUUUAGGUUACGUUUCGAUUUUGACCCGUUCCAGGUUCGGUUUUCUUUUAAGUUUGUUCUUUUCGUUCCCUUUCGUGCCGUGCUUUUUUGAGAGUUGCCCCCAAAACACGCUGGGCCAUUAGGCGUUUCGAAACUUUCUUCAAGAUUGGCACAGUAUGCCUCGGUUAGUCGAAUCCAAAGCCACAAGGCGAAAAACAUACCCCGCAGAACGUGUAAAAAUGCACCACCCGUUAGGCAACAGGGGACGCGGAAGACAAACGGACAACCAAACAAACGGCAAAUCACUGUUUAAAUAGUAAUACGUUCACCCUAUAUAGUUUAAAGGAUGUUUAAUUAUUCUCCCCAUCUAAUACGGUUAAGUUGAUAGACUCUUCUUUCUUCUUCAUUACUCCAUUUUGUCAAGUGGAACGAGCGGCCACAGGAUCUUGUGGUUCAGACCUAGUUUACAAGCCUCCUUACAGACACAUCUCUUCCCCAUGGGUUCCUUUUUAUUUUAAUUCUCUUUUACAUAUCCAAUCUGCGAUUUUCAGUUUGAUUAUUUGAUUCGUAUUAGCAUUUCAUUCGGAACGUAGUUUUCACAACGAGAACCGUGCAGGACAUUAGUGCCUGUUAGUGCCCGUUAGUCUUUAGGUUGCGAUGGUUGUAUUUCGGGUUAGAGAGAAGUAGGACGCGAGGCGCAAAUAGUCGUUGGUAAGAUUAGAUAAGGCGGAUGCGGCGUUGUCACGUACCAGGGCAACAGAUAAAGGAACCGCGUGCAUGAUGCGUGCGUGACUCGACAAAACGUUAGACAAAAUCGCUUCACUCACUCGUCAUCUUCUACGAACACACUAGGACCGGUAUCGAAUCAGCCAGUUUUCGUUCGCCCUCAGGCUGAAAUGGAUUGAAAACUUAUUCCUAUUUUAUAGUUACUUCUGUUUACGCGAAUACGUUCAUUCUGAUGGAUCUCCAGCCUCCGUCACCGUCACGGGCGUGCCCUGCGCAAUGUGCAAUGAUCGAAAUGACUGGCUCCGGAGUAUGGGCCAGAAGGGAAAACGAGGGUUUUAAGGCAUGUAAAAUCUACAACCCCCUCUAUAACCAAAUAAUAAAUAAACU